UUCGGAGGAAGAAAUUCAUCCAUUAAAAUUUCCAGAAAUUUCGUGUUUCACAUAUCCAGCAUUGCGAUUUCCUCGAUCAUGACGAGAACAGCUCCAAUUUCAACUUUGUUUCAGAUUUUUCGAAUGAUUCGGUGAAAAUUACUUUUCUGAGGAAGAAAAACAGAAAUACCGGGAUCGGGUUUUAACGCGAGGGGUCUUGCCCCCUAUUUGAUGGUAUGCUCUAUCUGGAGUGGGAAAAUGACAGCCUUGGCGAGGCUUGUGGAUGCUGGAAGUUUCUCACGAACUGCAAGAGAGGAAGCGAGCUACCAGAAGUUGGCUGCACAAUCCAUAGGGAGAGAAUUACAAGAUGCAGAUGAAGCAAAUUUGAUUAAUGAAGAAGAUAUGCAUAUUUUUGGUUUGAGACCAAUGGCAGAUUAUUUAGAUUUGGUAUGCUGUAAUGCUUGCAAGAAGCCAAUCAAGGCCAGCCAUUAUGCAAUGCAUGCAGAGCUCUGUAAGUCUCUAAGUUCUAGAGCGGAAAUCAACGUGGAACUUGAUGGUCCUGCAGUGACUAAAAAACCUCCAAGGAAGGAGAGGAAAAAGUCACAGAUUACUCAGAGAGUUUAA